UCGUGUAAGAUAAUAUACAAUGAAAUUAGCAGUGUUGAGAGCAAGCAGAAAUUUAUUAACAUACUUAAUGGCUGGAUGGAAAAAGAAAAGAGCCAAUUUGUCACGUUGAAUAUCAAUCAAUCGAAACAGACGACUACACUAGACAGUAACGAUAACGAUUCUUCUGAAAAAAUAGACGACAUAGGCAGCGAAAAAGUUAGACCGCUUUUGAGGUAUGACGAAAAAAAUAAGUGCCGAUACGAUAGCCUGCCAUCCAAAAAACUAACGUCGAAAAAAAUUAGAUUCGCUGAUAGGAACCAUAAGCUUAAUCCGUAUUCUGAUGAAAUUAGUAAGCAAAACUCAAAAAUUGAACAGAUCCAGAAGGCGCUAAGGCUAUGCAGUUUGAAUAGACACCUCAUGAAGUGUUCCGAAAGGAUUGUUGCCGAGAAAAUGUUAUUGGUAGAAACUAUAAAGAAGGGUCUCCUGCAACAAGCCUCUCUUAAUUCUCCACUAUCUUUGCCCAAAAACUCCAACAUAGUGAUCAGAAAUAUACGUUUUGACCUUAAAACUAAUGAGGCGGAUAACUGUACACAUUAUUACAUUUGUCUGAUUAAGAAUGGGAUUGAUGUUGUUACAUCUGAAAUAGCGAUACCCAUUAAAAAUGUAAUCAUCUUUAAAAAAACAAUGGACAUUAAAGAUGUACAUCCUAAUUUGGUUCUAAGCUUGUAUUUCAUGAAGGUUCCGAAUGGAGAAAGGACUGGGAAGAAUAGAUAUACAAGCUAUAUUAAAAAGGUUUUAAAGAAAAUUUUGUUUAUCCUUAGUACCCAAAAGACUUGCGAGCUCAAGCAAAGACAAUAUUCUGAAUUUGAGUGCGUGGGGAGUGCAACUCUUUCGUCGUUGACAAGCCAGGACCCAACAUUGGACGUUCCAGUCAAUUCGUGUGUUGUAGAACAAUUCGUUGCAGAGGUUGAAGUGAGCGAUAAGUAAUCCUUUAUUAAAGGA